AUGAUUAAAGGAGUUAUUAUUUUAGCAGUUAUUCUUUUUGUUGCUUUAAUGGCUAUGCCAUCAGAUGCAUCUUCAAAAUCACCAAAAAUCACCAACAAAGUUUUCUUUGAUAUUGAAAUCGGUGGUGAAAAAGCCGGUAGAAUCGUUUUUGGUCUCUACGGUAAGACUGUCCCAAAGACUGUUGAAAACUUCAGAGCUCUUUGCACUGGUGAAAAAGGUAAAAGUGAAAUUUCAGGUACUGAACUUUCAUACAAAGGAUCAAAAUUCCACAGAAUUAUUCCAAACUUUAUGAUUCAAGGUGGUGAUUUCACCAGAGGUGACGGUACUGGUGGUGAAUCAAUUUAUGGUAAAAAAUUCGCUGAUGAAAACUUUAAAUUAAAACACAGCAAACCAGGUCUUUUAUCAAUGGCCAACGCUGGUCCAAAUACUAAUGGUUCACAAUUCUUUAUUACUACCAUUGUUACCAGUUGGUUAGAUGGCAAACACGUCGUUUUUGGUGAAGUUAUUGAAGGUAUGGAUCUUGUUAAACUCAUUGAAAGUAUUGGUUCACAAUCAGGUGCCCCAUCCAAGACUGUUGUUAUCUCCAACUCUGGCGAAUUAUAA